CUCCGCGUACGAUCGUCAGUCCGAAUAACGCGAUCGGCACGUACGCAUUACGCGUCCCCAACGAGACCAAACACGCUUCUUUUGCACGCAAACCAUUACACGGCGUUUUUCAGUAUAUUUUUAGCGACUUGUGCCUAGCGACAACGAAUGCGCGAGCUUUUCGAUUCGAUACACAACAGUUACAGUACUCGAUCGUUUUUUUUUUACCUCUUGACCACGGUCGAUUGGCAAAGUCGUUGUUCAAACACGCGAAAUCGCCCAGUGUUACGCAUAAUAAUAAUUACAUAAUAAUUUUUUAAUAAAUUAUUAAUACAAUAAUAUUGUGUGUUAUUUUUAAAUAUAUACGCACACAUAGUAUUGUCGUAAAAUAAUAUAUCGUUAAACAAUAAUAACAAGUGUGUUGUUUCCGAUUUGGUUUUUUUUUGUCUCGUUCACAACGCGCUGAAAAUAGCCAACAACAACGGUAAAUCGAUUUAUUAUUUAUUGAAUAAAAAAAACAAAAGUGCGUCGCAAAAAUUUUUAAGUAAACAGAAGAAUUUGACGAUCUACGUGAAAAAAUGACCAACUCGUUGUUCAACAGUGGAGAAACAGUCGCCAAGACACAAAAUCGACCGCGCGCAGUGGCCACGGAAGUGGAACAUUGGUGGCAAGAGAUGGUGUCGUCGACGGGCAGCAGCAACAGCAGCGGCAGCAAUCAGGGAUCCGUGUCGUCGGAGCCCAGACGCCGUCAGGGACAGGGUCGCCGCGGCGGCAACGGAUCCGGCAAGCAACAGCAACAGCAACAGCAAUCACAGGACCAACAGGACCAACAGCAAUUGCCGCCGCAGGCGCCUCUGGGCUCGAGGUACAAGACGGAAAUGUGCCGUCAGUACAUCGAGAAGAUCAAGUGCGCGUACGGCGACAAGUGUCAGUUCGCUCACGGCGAACAGGACCUGCGCCCCGUGUUCCGACACCCCAAGUACAAGACCGAACCGUGCCGCUCGUUCAACUCGGCCGGUUACUGCCCGUACGGUCAACGGUGUCAUUUCGUGCACAAGGGAGACGGUUACAUCCAACCGGCGUCGCCCGCCUCGCCGCCGCUGUCCACGUCCUCGUCGUCCGGCAUCGGCAGCGACGGAGGUUCGCUGGCCGACCUCGGACUGGGCAUGCUCGACAGCAUGUUCACGCCGCCCCAGUCGCCCGAGGGCCGGUUACCGGUGUUCAACAGGCUGUCCGGCUCUCCGCCGGCCACCGGCGACGUGUUCUCGUUCCACGUCCCGUCCGCCACGGUCUUACCGCCGUCGCGCCGCCUCAGCGACCCCGAACCCGAUUUCGGUUUUUACGGGUUCUGAGCGCCGUCGCCCGUACCCCAUACCAUCCAUCACCACCACAACCCUCCCUCCCCCCAAAAAAGCGCCCGUCGGCCGUUGCCACAUUGUUCUAAUUUUUUUUUAUAUAAUAUACCAAAACGUGAUAACAGUCUUGUACAUAGUUUAAAUUAUAUUACUCGUUAAUUAAUUUAGUAUUUUUUUUUCUUUUUUUUUUUUUUUACAACUUUAACGGCGUUCGUUUUACAGACAACUAUUAUAUAUAUGAUAAUUAUUAUUAUUCUGAUGUUCCGAAUUUUUAUACUUACGCUUAACUAUUAUGUAAUAUUAUUAUAUGUCGUAUGUGUACGACAAUAUUAAUGAUAAUAUUACUAUACUAUAUAUAUAUGUAAUCAUUCCUAUCGUAUUCGCACACACACAUAUAACUCUCUUUCUCUUAUUCAAUAAUAUCCUCCCCACUCUCAGACUCUCUCUCCUACUUUGCUCGCGCACGCGUAAUUUAAAAGAAAAAGAAACCGUCAUAUAUAUGAUAUUUAUAUUAUACGCCCGUAACGAUUUUACUCGAUUUAUUCUUAUUAAUUUUAUUAUUAUUACUUAUUAAUUAUUAUUAUUAUUAUUAUGUUAUUUAGCAUUAGUUUUGGUCCGCGUUAACCGGUGCACCCCGUCGUACAGCGCCGGGGUGCCGUUAUUUUUUUAUUAUUAUAUUAUUAUUAUUAUUAAUAUUAUUUUUACCGCGCGUUUACGGACGCGAUACGAAGUCGUGUCGGUGUGACCGUCGUCGGUGGGCCUCAAGCGUCGUUUUACGAGGAACAUUUCUGAAGGAUAAAAAAACUAGGCUGGCGCCGAGCGCGGAGGCGUCCGAUUGCGACCGGAAACUGGCCGGAAGUCGCGUUUUUCCGGAUCUGUUCCGGUGUACGUGCCGUCGGACCGCUGCGCUCGACGCCACUCGAGUUUUCCCCAGAAUUUGUCCUUUAGAACGACACUGCCCACCGACGAUCACAUCGGUGAGCGACGUACGUAUUGCGUUCGCACGCGUGCGGCGAACCAUUAUUAUUAUUAUUAUUAUUAUAAUUAUUACUACAUACCUAUACAUCAAACUGACUUCAAUGUUAUGAUUAUUAUUUUUUUUUUUUUUAUUAUUAAUCCUCAUUUAUAACUACUAUUCGUAUAACUUUACUAAAAAAAAAAAAAAAUUUAAAAAAAACUGUAUUUAUUUAAUUAUUAUUAUUAUACGUGCACGCUGAUCGACUCAUAACAACUUUAAUAUUAUUAUAUUAUUUACUAUGUACAUAUACAUGCCUCAAUGUACCUACCAUACGCGCGCUAUCCAUUCUAUGCAAUGUAUAGUAACGCGUGUAAAUUUUAAGUCGCAGAUGUGUGUGUGUGUGUGUGUACACGCCGUUUGUGUGUUUUUUUUUUUUAAUGUUACAUACAAUAGAAAAGAAAUAUUAUCAACCCGUUUUGCUGGAAUUCAAAUCGAUUCAAAUUAUACAUUAUUAAUUUUUAUGUCUGAUCCCGCGUAAGUUUGUAAAAAAAAAAAUUACGCAAUCUUUUCCAAUCUCCUAUCGGUGUCCUGCUCAGAAUUAACUCGACUCGACUUAAAACUUGUAUUUGUGUAUCAUGUGCUCGUCGUGUGUGACUUAUUUAUCUUUUUAUUUGUAUUCGUGUGUUAAGCUCGUAUUUACUAUACUGUAGAAUCGUAAUUUAUUAAUUUAUUAUUUUGGCAGAACGUACCUCCCCAGUCGUUCUUUUUGUACUUUUAAUAUUUUUUAAAAAAUCGAUUAUAUUAUAUUGA